UAGUCACACACACACUAGUUGUGGUGAAAUUAUUCUCUGCAUUUGACCCAUCACCCUUGAUCACCCCCUGGGAGGUGAGGGGAGCAGUGAGCAGCAGUGGUGGCCGCGCCCGGGAAUCAUUUUUGGUGAUUGAACCCCCAAUUCCAACCCUUGAAGCUGAGUGCCAAGCAGGGAGCAGCUUAUCCGCCAUCAUGGAGGAGCCCACAGCUUCCGGUGUGUUCUGCAGCAGGAUGCUGAGCAUGGUGAACUCCGAGGACGUCAACGCCAUCAUCCAGGCUCAGAGACACAUGCUCGACCGCUUUGAGAAAACCAACGAAAUGCUCAUCAACUUCAACGGGCUGUCCAACGUGCGGCUGCAGCAAAUGAACGAGCGCUUCCUGCUGCACACCCGGACGCUCGUGGAGAUGAAGAAAGAUCUGGACGGCGUCUUCCGAAGGAUCAGGACGCUAAAAGGCAAGAUUGGCAAGCAGUAUCCUGAAGCUUUUAGUAACGUCCACAAGUCGCCCAGCUCGGAGGACGACGACGACGACGACGAUGACUUGGACCCGGCGCCCCCGAGCGGCGCCACCACCGUCACGACAGUUACCUCGGGUCAGAGCACAGACUCCUGCGACACCAGCCCGGACGUGGUCUCGCCCGCCGCCAGCAGGUGUUCCGAAGAGCUGUCUCAGGGAGCGUCCGACACGCCCACCUCUGACGCCCACCACACGGCCGGCCUCCAGGACGAGGGUCCCGACUCUGAGCCCGCUGAGGAGUAACUAGGUGUUAGUCCGCUUAUCAUAUUGCAUGUGAAGGUACUGUUUACACACGUUAACAUGCUAAAGUCAUUGGGGAUGAUGUCAUCAUGUAAACUUUCAGUGUUAAAAUCAUGAAAUAUAUUAUUGUGUGAAUGUUCCAAAACAUUCACUCAUGUUUUACACACCAAAAUUCUUCUAUUUAUUAUUAUUAUUAUUAUUCUUCUCCAGGUUUUGGCACGCUCUACCUUCCACGUUUUGCACCCGAUUCAAAGCGUUCCGACUUCAAACUGUUCAGCCUGUUCGGGAGUCGCAGGCUUUCCCUUGAAAAUUUUCAAAAAUUCCCAGAUUUCCCAGAAUUCCAGGUUUUUCGGGACAUUUUUCCCCAUUCAAAAUGAAUUGGCCAUUUUUCAAACUUGCACCAUUUCCACAUUUUUCAACCGAUUCAAACCAUCCCACCUUCAACACAUUUCACCAUCCUGGAAAUUCAAACUAUAAUUUUUCCAAGUUAAAAAAAAAAUUCCAGUAAUUCCCAGAAUUCCCUUUUUUUCAAACCAUUUUUUUACCCUUUUUUCUGGCGAAUGUUUCUUCCACAUUUUUCAACCCACUUCAACCGUUCCACCGUCUAAAAAUUCCUUUAAUCAGAACAAAAGACAAAGUUUUUUUUUAACUGGAAAAUUUCCCUAAAUUCCUGGAAUUCCUUAAUACCAUUUCUCAAUUCAACAUGUUACUACUUCAACAUUUCUCGACCGAUUUGAAAAAUUCCAACACCAACCACUUCAACUCAUUCAAUCCUUUUAAAAUUUUCCCCAAAAUUCCCGCUUUUCCCGAAAUUCCCAAAUUUCCAUGAAAUUCCCAUUGAAAAGAAUGGGACAUUUUUCAAAAUUCCCAGAAUUCCCUUUUUUUCAAACCAUUUUUUUACCCUUUUUUCUGGCGACUAUUCCUUCCACAUUUUUCAACCCACUUCAACCGUUCCACCGUCAAAACAAUCCUCUUAAUCAGGACAAAAAAACUAAAUUGUUUUUUUAACUGGAAAAUUUCCCAAAAUUCCUGGAAUUCCGUAAUACCAUUUCUCAAUACAACAUGUUACUACUACACCAUUUCUCGACCGAUUUGAAAAAUUCCAACACCAACCAUUUCAACUCAUUCAGAAAAUUCAAGUCUUUUAACAUUUUCCCCACAAUUCCCGCUUUUCCCGAAAUUCCAAAAUUUCCAUGAAAUUCCCAUUGAAAUGAAUGGGACAUUUUUAAAAGUUCCACAAUUCCCACAUUUUUCAUCCAAUUCAAACCAUUCCACAUUCAACACAUUCCACUAUCCUUGAAAUUCAAACUAUAAUUUUUCCAAGUUAACAUUUUUUUCCAGGAAAUCACAGAAUUCCCUUUUUUUCAAACCAUUUUUUUUUAAUGUUACUACUUCAACAUUUCUCGACUGACCUGAAAAAUUCCAACACCAGACAUUUCAACUAAUUCAGAGCAUUCAAGCCUUUUAACAUUUUCCCCAAAAUUCUCGCUUUUCCCGAAAUCCCAAAUUUCCAUGAAAUUCCCAUUGAAAUGAAUGGGACAUUUUUCAAAGUUCCACAAUUCCCACAUUUUUCAUCCGAUUCAAACCAUUCCACCUUCAACACAUUCCACUCAUCCUGGAAAUUCAAACUAUCAUUUUUCAAAGUUCAAAAAAAUUCAAGGAAUUCCCAGAAUUCCCUUUUUUUUUUUUCAAAACCCUUUUUUCAACCUUUUUUAUGUUGACUACUCCUCCCACAUUUUUCAACCCACUUCAACCGUCCCACCGUCCAAACAUUGUUCUUAAUCAGGACAAAAAAAAAAGACGUUUUUUUUACUGGAAAAAUUCUCGGUUUUCCCGAGAUUCCAGGAAUUCCUUAAUACCAUUUCUCAAUUAAAAAUGUUAAUACUUCAACAUUUCUCGACCGAUUUAAAAAAUUCCCACACCAACCAUUUCAACUCAUUCGGAACAUUCAAGUAUUUUAACAUUUUCCAUGAAAUUCCCAUUGAAAAGAAUGGGACAUUUUUCAAAGUUCCACAAUUCCCACAUUUUUCAUCCGAUUCAAACCAUUCCACCUUCAACACAUUCCACCAUUUUUCAAGGAUUUUUUAAAAUACUGUAACUAAAUAAUUAAAAAUGUUUUUUCAAAUUUAAUGUGAGCAUGUGGUUACUAACCUCCACUUUGGUGGAAAAGGUAAUGCGUCUCAAAACCUGUUCCACUUGCCCGUUUUCUCUCAAGGUUUUCUUAAUUUUUUGCUCCUUUGGGGACAAAUGUCCAAAUAUUUUUUAAAUACUGUAACUAAAUAAUUAAAAAUUACAUUUUUUUCUAAUUUAAUGUGAGCAUUCUUUGCUUUGUGCUUGGUUACUAACCUCCACAUUGGUGGAAAAGGUAAUGAACAAAAAAAUUGUUUGUAAAGUUUGUAAUGUUUUGUUUGCGAAUUAAAGUUAAAAAAAUAUAUAAUAUAACCGUGUCUUCCCUUGGCGUGCGAGCACCCACCGCUAGUGGGCGCUACGUCAAAAAUGUGUGCGGUUUUCUUCCCAAAACAGGAAGUCUCAAAACCUGUUCCACUUGCCCGUUUUUCUUAACUUUUUGUUCCUUUGGGGACAAACAAAGUUUAAAAAAAAAAAAAGACUAUUGUCAUGUCCAAAUAUUUUUCAAAUACUGUAACUAAAUAAUUAAAAAUGACCUUUUUUUCUAAUUUAAUGUGAGCUUUCUUUGAUUUGUGCUUGGUUACUAACCUCUACUUCGGUGGAAAAGGUAACGAACAAAACAAUUAUUUUUUCCAAAAAAUCGUCAGUACAGUUUGUAAUGAUUGUUUACAAAUUAAAGUAAAAAUAUAUAUAAUAUAACCGUGUCUUACCUUGGCGUUUGCGAGCACCCACCGCUAGUGGGCGCUAAGUCCAAAUGUGUGUGCUUUUCUUCCUAAAACAGGAAGUCUCAAAACCUGUUCCACCAAUAGACAUCUUAUAAGGGUACGCAGCAUGGAGCGCUACUGGCGCUGACGAGACGCGGGGCCGCCAUCUUGGAGUGGUGAUCCGCUCCACUCAGUGCAAUUCAUUUGGCAGGAGCAAUGAACGGUCAGUGCAUUUAAUUCAUUUUACCUCACUGAAUACCACUGAUUUUCACACGGUUUUUGGUCAUACGUGUAGCUAUGAUAUAGGACACAUGUUUUAUUAUUCAUAGUUUGCCUAAAAGUAAUACAAUAUUCUUAUAUGCUAUAAAUGACCAGACGUCCGAGAUCAAAACUGGGAAUAUAAUCCCAGAGAAGGGGGAAAAAACGUCAGGUAUUUUUAAAUUCAAGAAACAAUAUGAUUAGGUUAUAUAUACAUGCGUAUAUCCUACAUAAACAAUGUAUGAAUACAUUAGAUAUCUAUAUAUCUUGGGGACCUAUUGUAUCUCUGUUGCUGCAGCAGCAGAGAGUUUAUUCUGUCUUGACACUUUGUAUUACAUUCUUCCCUUAAAUGAUCAUGUUUACAGUGAUUGUUUUAUAUUUUAUUUGUAUGUUGCUUUGGAUAAAAGCCUCUGCCAAAUACUUAAACAUAUAUAAACACCUGAAAGUCUUUAUAUCAGCUAAAACCACCAAUCUGUUUCAAUGGAUUCAGAAUAAAACCAAAUUCUGUCUUAAUUGUGUGUUGGCUUUUACAAUCUUUAUCUUCAUCAUUUAUUUCAACUUUAUGUUAUUCAAGUAUGACAUUUUUAAAUGUAAUUAAUUUCAUUGACAAGCAAUUCUAUUAUGGUCAUACUCUUGUUUGCUAGCGGCUACGAUUUCAGUACUAUAGGUGAGGGCCGACAUCCGGGCAACUGAGCUACAUACGGGUUCUUCGAGCCAUAGCAACCAUGACUGGCGUUGAAAACAAACCGUUGCCAUUACUCUUUAACCUGUCGACCUACGCUGGUUAAACCCGUCAUUCUGCCUCCAAAAUGCCGAAAAACGGUGUUGUUUUUGGUUGUGCUAACCACAACUGGAAACAGGGAAAACAAAGGUUGUAUUUUGUUCUGCCAAAGCGCGAUAAAAGCCCACAGAGACGAGACAAAUGGCUCGCAGCUUUACACCGGGAAAACGAGGACGGUUCUCACUGGAGUCCCCCAAAGUCCCGGGUCGUGU